GGAAGCCUAGUUUUAUGACACUGUCACAAUCCCUCCAAUCAGAGGGCGCAGAUAGACACUUCCGGCUCCGGAGCAACGUGCAGUGUGUAGUGUGUCCUUGCCGGGUGGUGCGGCCAUGGCUGGGAAUAGGGGAGUUCUGGUAUUUGGGGGGUUUAUUGCAGCGAUAGCCGCCGCCCUGUACCCCAUCUUCUAUCACCCCAUGACACACGUAGAUGACUACAAAAAAGAACAAUCAAUAAAUAGACAAGGAGUCGUACAGGAGGAUGUGCAGCCAACAGGGUUGAAGGUCUGGUCGGAUCCUUUCUCCAGGAAGUGAACUAGCGGCUGCCCAAUGAUGUAAUGGUCUUCCAGGCUUUUCGGCUGUGAUAGAAACAUGUUCACUAUGGAUUUUGUACAUAUAAUAAAUACGGAUUUCAUUUCUCUGAUGGAAUUAGGAAUGUAAAUAUGUAUAAAGAGUGUAAAAUAAGAAGUAAGAGGCAGUGGAGCCAGGAUACAAUAAAGGACAUUUGUACACAA